AUGGGUGCAGGAAUAUUUGUUGCUCCUAAAGGGGUGUUAAAAUACUCUUCACUCAAUGUAGGAGUCUCCCUAAGUAUUUGGGCUGCUUGCGCCAUAGUGUCUACGAUGGCUGCCCUUAGUCACGCAGAGCUGGGGACCACAUUCCCUAGAAGUGGAGCACAGUAUUAUUUCCUCAAGAGAUCUCUUGGACCCUUUAUUGUUUUCUUCUAUCUCUGGAUUAAUCUAUUUAGUACCCCAGCAGGAACUGCUGCACGUGGCUUUUUACUAGCAGGGUAUAUAAUGCAGCCUUUCUAUCCUGGAUGUUUUGUUCCUGAGAUGCCAAAGAACAGUUUAGCAUUGGCCAUUUUAUGGUGCUUGGGAAUUCUGAAUGAUCGAGGAGUGAAGGAGGUGACUUGGUUUCAGACUGUCAGUACAGUUGUGAAAAUGACAGUACUCUGCUUCAUAUCUCUAACUGUCGUGUUAUUUGUGAGAGGAAGAAAAGAGAACCUAGUCAGGUUUGAGAAAGCUUUCGAUGCUGAAGUUUCAGAUGCCUCACAGAUUGCUGAAGCCUUCUUACAAGGAUUAUAUGCAUAUUAUGGCUGGGGAGUCCUUGUUCGAAUAGCAGGAGAGCUGAAAAACCCUAGUGAGAAUAUCCCCAAAUGCGUGGUUACUGCACUUACCCGUGUGGCACUGAUCUACUUAUUGGUUAACAUUUCCCACCUAGCCGUCCUGAUGCCAAAGGAAAUCAUGUCCUCAGAUAUUGUUGCUGUCACCUGGAUGGGUGGAGUAAUCCUCAUGCAAUGGGCCAUUUCAACUGGUGUUUCUUCGUCAAUACUUAGCUCCCUUAAUUGUACUGUAUUUUCAACGUCAAAGUUAUGGUAUAUGGCAAGCCAGGAGGGUCAGCUACCUUUGAUCCUCUCAACUCUGAAUAUCCACUCUUGUCCAGUUGUAGCUGUCUCUCAGAUGCUUAUCUUUGCCUCCAUUUUAAUUAUUCCCUCAGACUUAAUCCCCAUAAACUACGUGGGAUUCACAGAUUGGAUUCAACUUGGGCUAAUGAUGAUGGGCUUAUUUAAACUGAGAUUCCAGGAGCCCCACCUAUCCAGACCUUAUAAGGUACGUUUGCCAUUUGUAUUUGGAACCAUGGCCAUGUCUUUGUUCUUGGUUUUGACACCCAUUAUCAAGUCUCCUAAGAUGCUGUCUGAGGCCCUCCAGAACCCAGUGAUGUGGGCUGGAGACUUCCUUACUUUGUUUACGUCAGCUGGCUUUGAAGUGUUUCUCACCAGCCCAAGAAACGCAGGAAAUUAG